AUGACCCGUCUACUUGUCAAAAUACCGGGUUUGGUCAACGUUUCCAGCUGCAAGUGCAUUCCAUUCCCGCGGGCCAAUUUGGAAAAUGGGGAAAACACUCCUCUUCUACCAAUUCAUCAACUUCGACUGCAAGGAGAAGGCAAUUACAACUGGGCGAAAUCAUCCAAAGCUCUCGUCUCAACAUACUUGUCCACAAGGCUUCGUUACUCAUCUCACCGCGAGUGGAAUGAAGCAGAGGCAAAUUAUUACGAGAUCACAACCCAGGACGAAGAGGAGACAUUGAAGGUCGUGUCUACCUUUACAGUCUUCGACAAUGUUCCAGUCCUUCGAUCCCAAACCUCUGUACAGAACACCUCUCAAAGCAAGAUCGAUCUCACCUCCAUCCCCUCGCUUGUCAUCGGAGGUUUGACGAGAACCAAUGUGUGGUAUCAUGAUUUCAAGCUAUCAAUACCUCACAACUCCUGGUUCCGCGAGGCACAAUGGAAACACCUUUCGCUACCAGACGCAGGUGUUGAUAAGUGCUUCACGGGUCCCGAGGCCACUUCUUUCAUGACUUGUUCAUGUUCAAAUCGGGGAACUUUCUCGACUGGGUCAUAUCUGCCCAUGGGAAUGUUGCAAAAUGAGACCAAGCCCGAUACAUGGCUAUGGCAACUGGAGCACAAUGGCUCGUGGAAAUGGGAGGUCGGAGAUUGGAAGUCGGACCUCUAUGUUGCACUAAGUGGGCCAACAAGCAAUGACCAUCAAUGGGAACAAGGUCUCGAACCUGGCGAGACAUUCAAUACCGUACCUGCCGCCAUAUGCCAUGUUUUGGAUGGACCCGACGCAGCGUUUCAGGCCUUGACGGCAUACCGAAGGCGCAUUAGAAGAUUUCACCAAGAUAAUGUCGAUCUUCCGCUGAUUUUCAACGACUACAUGAAUUGCCUUAUGGGAGAUCCCACAGAAGAUAAGAUUCGGCAAUUGAUAAAACCGGCUACUCGCGCGGGUGCGGAAUAUUUUGUCAUCGAUGCUGGAUGGUAUUCCAACGACAAUAGCUGGUGGGACGAUAUAGGCCUGUGGGAACCAUCGACAACAAGAUUUCCAUCAGGACUCGACACCUUAAUCAAAGAGCUCAGAGACGCUGGACUUAUUCCAGGGUUAUGGCUGGAGCCUGAAUCAAUUGGAGUAAAAUCCGAGGUCGCUAACCAACUUCCACCAGAUGCAUUCUUCCAGCAAGGUGGAAAGAAGAUCGUAGAGAGAAACCGCUACCAGCUGGACUUUCGACAUGAAGCCGUUAGGAAACAUCUGGAUCAGGUUGUUGACAGACUUGUGACGAAGAUGGGUGUCGGAUACUUUAAAUUUGACUAUAACAUCGAAAUAUCACAGGGCACAGACGUUCACGGUUGCAGUCCUGGUGUCGGCCAACUUGAACACAAUCGAGCAUAUCUCGCUUGGGUCACCAGCCUGCUCGACAAAUAUCCAGGCCUUGUCAUCGAGAAUUGCUCCAGCGGUGCGCAAAGAAUGGAUUAUGCUAUGUUGGCAGUCCAUCCCCUGCAAUCUACUAGCGACCAAGAAGAUCCAGUCAUGUAUGCUUCCAUUGCUGCGGCAGUCUUCACUGCUGUUACACCAGAGCAAAGCGCGACUUGGGCUUAUCCACAGAAAGAAUGGUCUGACGAGAUCAACGCGCUCACGGUUGUUAACAGCCUCCUGGGCAGGAUUCAUCUCAGUGGCCGGCUCGACCUGCUUUCAGACCAUCAAUUCAAUCUGAUAGCUGAGGGGAUGAACAUUUACAAGAGUAUUCGACAAGACAUCAAGAAUGGUGUUCCCUUUUGGCCAUUGGGCCUUCCGACAUGGCGUGAGGAUUGGUUAGCAGUGGGCUUAAUCUGCACAGACAGGACACUUUUGGCCGUCUGGAGAACAAAUGGGAAGAAUACUUGUGAACUACCAAUUUCUCAUCUUUCUAAGCAAGGCGAAGUCGAAGUAACGCUGCUUUAUCCUAAGAGUUUCGCUGCAGAGGCUCGCUGGGACGCAACUGUAGGUGCAGUACAAGUACAGUUACCGGAAACAGUUUGCGCGCGUGUAUUUGAGAUUAAAGCGCGUUGA